GUGUAGGAGAUUACUCUGAUUGCUGGAAGGUUGAUUAAGAAAUCAACGUAUGGAGAAAAUUGGAGUUCUGAGGCUGCACUGUGAUCCAGCUAUAUUUGAGGAUUGCUUUGCUUAGCUGGUCAACAUGUAUCUUUCUUACUUUAUUCAUAAGAUCACCUGCAAGUCUGAUUUGCGGUGUUUCCGUUUUCUUCGCUGGACUAUCUUGGUGCCCCUCAUUAUCUACCUGUUCCUCCUCUUCGUCAAGUACAACAGGAACGUGCCCCUCAAGAGUCUGGUCUCUUCCGCGGAGAAGAAGGACGAGGACGGUUCCAUGAUCGAGGAUCUGUUUGUAGAACUCGAGGUAGUCACUGCCUCACGUGACAAGGAUUUAGAACGCCGACGGGAGGUCGAUCGAGGCAUAAAAGAAGUGGAAGAGGCGGAGAACAGAGAAAAUCCAAAGAGCCUACUUGAAGAUAUAUUUCAGAGGGCUGACACUGAUCAGGAUCAGCUGUUAGACAUCCAGGAAUUGGCGAGAUGGAUUCACAUGAAAAUCACAGAACAUAUAAGUUGUGCUAUGAGGGAGAAUGUUGGGUUGUUCACUGCUAUUGAUAAUAAUCCACGAAAUGGUGAAGUCUCGUGGGAAGAAUAUCACGCAUACUUUCUCAGAUCCCACGGAUUUCCCGAGAGUUAUGUGAGCUCUCAUGACAAGAAGCACAGCGACAUGUCACGAACUUUGAAAGAAAAUAUCAUGAGAGAUAGAGCAAGGUGGGCGGAAGCAGCGAGAAACGAUCCGGAGAGACUGGCACUGGACGAGUUCCUGGCUUUCACCCAUCCCGAGAGCAGUCACAGAGCUCUCCUUCAAAUGGUUGAGGACCUGUUCGAGAAAUUUGACCGUGAUGGAGAUGAGCAGCUGACAGAAGACGAGUUCUCCGACUUGCCUUCAGAAGGAAUGGGUUUAGAUUUAAAGGAAGACAAACACGAAGCAGUGGGUGGAAGCGAAGACAGGCGGAAAGAGUUCCGACAUCUUAUCGAUAAGAAUAAAAAUGGGAAAGCUGACAGGGCAGAACUCUUAAUGUACAUAGAUCCAAGGAACCCGAGACACGCUAUACAAGAAGCUCAGCACUUGAUAAGCCUAUCGGACACAAACUUGGAUGGGAAAUUAAACCUGUCCGAGAUCCUAAGCAAGAUGGACUUAUUUUUAGGCAGUAAAAUGGUGGACACAGAGAAAAGUUUUCACGACGAGUUUUGAACGAGUGUCAAAGAAAGACUAUUUUAAAGUAGAAACAAACAAGUCUGAUCUUCAUCUACUUUCAUAGAUGAAGCUGAAAUUUCGUUGUCCUUAGAACUAAGCACAGUUUUAAUAACAGUAAUAAUAUUUGUUGUAUAAUUUACCAAUGAGACUGUUGGUACAGAUACUGCUUUGAGGCUCUUAAGCAGAAAGUUAAGAAUUAUUUCUUAAAUUAUUUUCUACACUUUUAGAGACUAUUUGUAAUGAACUUUGUACAAUGUUUCUUAAGAAAGAGAUUUUAAUGCAAUAUUACUUCAAGGUAUUAAUUAUAUUGCACAUUCUACUAUUUUAGUUUAAGAAAAAAAUGCAGUAUUAGUUUAAUCACUGUUUGAUAAAAUUUGUAUGAGCUUUUGAAACAUAUCUGUGAUAGCUUUUACAAUAUGAAUUGUUUUGUUGAUUAGUAUGAUUCAAUUAUUGGUAAAUUAUUUGGUUGAGAGUAAGUUAAGUUCCUCCGACACUAUACGUAAUCGUUAUCUGCUCUAAUUAAUAUAUUUAAGAAUUAUUUAUAUAAAUGUAUUUAUCUUUGUUACUGUUAAGAGUACAACGUUUUAUGUUGAUUUAUAAUAGUUCUAAAGAACAACACGAUGGAUGUUCCUUUGUGCAACAAAGCUUUAUACCAUGUAAAAUACGUUUUUUCUACAAUUAAUCAUGGCAAUA